AUGGCGCCGACGUCCCCACGACGUUCUUGCGGCGACGUCAACAGCAGCACCAAACCGGAAGAGGAGGCCACAGGCGGCAGCGGGGAGGUUGGAAGCUAUAAUAAGGAAGGGGGAGGGAAGGAGCUGGCACUCCCGCCGCCGCCGCCGACGACGACGUCUGGUAAGUUGCCGGCGAUGAUACACCGGUCUGGAUCCCGGCCGCAGCUCGACGUCAGCGGGGCGGCGAUCCAGGGGAACCUCGAGGAGAGGAACCCAACCAUCCUCCUGCCGAACCAGUCCGAUGACAUCUCCCACCUUGCCGUCGACAUCGGUGGUUAGUGUUCACAUGCUUUCUCCGUCGUGUUGUGCUUGGUCACCGCCGCAGUGACGUUCUCGGAUUCGGUGUUUCUUGGUCGAACCUUUGCAUUAUGGUUGUGGAAUUCUGAAGAGCAGGUUUUGUGGAAGUGCGUAGGCUUGUAACGAGUUCGUAUCUUGAAGUUAUCGAGGAGCUGGAGGAAAAUUGUGGUCGUUAAGAGGAUUUCGUGCCUCCACGAACUUCAAACGGCUUAUUUUCCUCGCUCCAGCCACACGCAAUCUACAUUCUUCUCCUCCACUUCAAACAUGCAGGAAAAAAGAAAGGAACACGGAAUAAAUGAAACUUUGCAUUCUCUUUUAGAAUUCAACGCCUCCUAUUAGUCAGCCACCUUUUCAUGUGAUGCGACUUGACACUGGCAGUCUGCAAGAAAUUUCGAUUUAGUUCCAAGUCAGCACAAUUCAAAGUGAUAUAUGAUUUCCACGAGUUCUGGUUUAACACGGGACGAUGACUCAACCAAUACUCAUCUAGAUCACUACUGAUGAACCAUUGAAUCCAUUUCCACUUGGAAGGGUCAGACCCAGUCAAGAAUCCAUAAUAGUUACAGCCCUUGAUGACUUGAGAUGCCAUAUCUUUCAUCCUGAGAUAAAGAUAAAAAGGUUUUAUCAGCUUCUUUGCUUACUUGGGAACUGGGAGAUGCCUCUGGGAGAUGCCUUUUUCAGUUCAGGAGAGAUAUGAUAGACUAAUAAGAUAUUUCUGAAAAUCAUGCAUACAUCGUGCCUUACAACUUGAAACUCUUGAUCCCUGGACAGCUGAGUUUUUGGUAUAAAAUCGAAUCAACAUGGACAGGAGGCGUCUUCUAACUGGUGAUCUGUUGCUGGACUGCAUCUCCACCGAAGGAUGGUAGAUAGUGGUGACAUUAGUUUUACAGGCAACAUGGUGGGAAAAGAAGAGAUUUAGAAAUUAAUGGAAUAAUGGGAAACAUCAGAUAAAACGUCAAAUGGUUACCGUUCCAUGAUGAUUUAAACGCUUGAAUCUGUGACACAACUUCGCUUAAUAGUGUUUUCCAUUUCUAUUAUAAGCUAUUCAUUUUUUUCCUGCUGUGUAGAGCUGAUGAUGUUUUCUACUAGAUUGAGUGGGCUUGUUUUAUGACGUGGUUCUUUUUGCUUGGUUUAUAUUACUGAAAUUAAUUUUAGUUUACCAUAUGUCUACACUUCGAUCUCCACCAUGAUUGAAAAAACCAAAACGCCGACUUUGUGUGGAUCUAUAGCAACCCCAUAUUUAUGGGUAACAUAGCAUAAUAGUCCACCUAUGGUCGGCUGGGAGAAGUUCUGGAGGAUGUAACAAAAGCUGAUGUUCACUAAGACCUCGAGAGGUACCUAAAAAUUAAACAGAUGUUGUACGUCAUCAAAGGAGACACAUAUGACGUGCCAUCAGUGUGUCCUAAAAACACUAUUGAUGAACAUUUAUGAAUGCAGGAGCAAUAGUCAAGACUGAAGCCAUAAACUGGGUUUUGACUUGGAGCCAUGUCUUACUGCUCGAACUGUAACCUUUGCCUUGGCAGUGCCUGUUUAUUUUACAAGGCCUCUACUAGCCAGAUUCGCGUUUUAAUCCUGAAGAGGUAACAUUGUAUAUUUUUAUUUCUUGUUAUGUAGAAUAAUGGUCUGGCACCCACAUUUUUGGUAUGUGGACAUGAUCGACAGGAUAUUUCCGCAUGUCAUGUGGUUUUUGUUUCAAUCAUGAAGUCGUGCCGUGCUGUUUAAAGGUGCCCUGGUAUGAAAAAUUAUGGUUGGCCUGUUUCUGUUUGGUUAUGAUUUCAGCUCGUUUUUCUCGAACCUAGUUCCUUUGCCUGUUUGACUAAUGAAGUAGAGUGCCUUGUUCAUCACUUUUUAUCGACAUGUUAUUCAUGAUAUUUUGCUAUCAAUUAUCUAUUAAUGAGUAGAACCUAAGACUCUGUUUUUAGAUAUUUAUUUAUUUAGUUUUCUCGCUGACAGGAUCUCUGAUUAAGUUGGUUUACUUCUCAAGACAUGAGGAGCACCCAUCAGACGAGAAGAGGAAAAGUAUUGUGAAGCUGAGGCCGAGAUUUUCGAAUGGUUUGAGGACGAGAUUUCCUGUUCUUGGUGGGCGACUCCACUUUGUGAAGUUUGAGACAGGAAAGCUUAACGAAUGCCUUGAUUUUAUAUCUUCAAAGCAGCUUCAUCGUGGUGGUAAAUUCAGUUCUUUUUUCAUUCAAAUCAUGUCUCUCUUUUAAAAUGCAAUGAUCUGCUUAGCAUCUAAUUAUGGUAUUCUAAAAAGUAAAUUUAAUGGUAUGCCGAGCUGAAUUUGUGCCACUUAAGGUGUUAAAGCAGGCCAUAUGAUUUUCAAGAAGAAAAAUAGAAGAAGAAAGAAACAUGAACCACAGCUCGUUAAGUAGUGGCUUUCUUUCUUUACAUGCAGUUAUUUUUUUCUAUAGGGACUCACAUGAUUAGUUUGUUUGUCUUUCCUUUGCACAAGGUUGUUAUGCCCUAUCACUAUUGAUGUCAUUUUAUGGGCAGGUAUAGAUUCACCAUCUUGGCGUUCUGGGACUCGUCAUGAUGAUAACAUAAUAAUUAAGGUAAUUUCUGCAUUGAUGUCUGUACACGUGUUCGCAUUCUCUCAUAUUUGAUCAUAAUCUUAGAUAAAAUGGGCUGUUCUGUCUAUGUAUGAUAUUUCAACUGUUUCUCAUUUGAAGCACAUGACAGUGAAACUAUCUAUGGAGUGUUGUUUGCCUUAUGGUGCAGGUGUUUAAUGCAAUAGCAAAAUUCUGGGUGAGCAUUUUAUUCAUGAGGCUCUGUAUUUGCCCAUUAUUUUCUGUUAACCUUCUAGAAGAUUUGCCUGCAUCUUGAGUGUCAUAUAGUAUCAAAAUUGAUAAUGAGCUUCGGACAUUCACAAGAAUCACGACCAACCUCCAUAUAGCUCAAGCUUCUUUCGUGGGAAGCUCUUCCCGAUUUAAUGUUGAACAUCGAUCUACUGUCAUUGUCCCUUGCACUUGAACAAGACCAUUGUUAGACCUCCUACCUCUACAUUUAUAUAUUUCAUGGAAAGGUUGUCGCACAAGUUGAAUCCAUGUGUAAAGCCGCGUUGAAGUUUUUGCUCUCAAAUUAGGACGCAAUAAUACAUUGAAUAUUUUGUGUAUUCUUCAAUUUGAUGCACAGUUCUAUUUUUAGCUUAUGACAUGAAAGCCAUCUUGUAUCUGUAGAAUCUUAACAUGUAGAUUUUUACUUUGAUUUUGUGGGAAGGCUACUGGUGGAGGAGCUUACAAAUUUGCGGAUGUAUUUAAAGAGCGCCUUGGAAUUAGUCUUGAGAAGGAAGAUGAGAUGGGUUGCCUUGUAUCUGGAGCAAAUUUCUUGCUUAAGGUGUGCGUGUAGUUCAUAAUUGCAGUCCGCAUUUUGAGACUCAUACAUCGACAUGUUAUUUUUUAAGAAUUUGUGUUUAAUUUGUUGUCUCUUUGUGAAUACUUUUAAAUGAUGUUUGCCAUGUUCAAUUAAUUCAGAGAUUAAUUUGCAUUUGUCUCAAAAAUAAUAAUUUUAAGUAGAGUUAGAUAUUUAUUUGUGUAUUUUUUUAUUUUUAAUGCAAUUAGGCUCUCGCUAAAUCUGCCAUCAUUAUUUAAUUAUUCAUUUUAAGCAUGCACUAAGGAGAUUCCAAAUUAUUAUCAUUUAUGAUGGAACAAAGGGAUUGCAUACUUCGUUUCAUAAAUGAAGAUAAUGACAACUAGAUUGUGAAACUGGAGGAAUGGAACUCCUGAGACCAUUAAAUGUAAAGCAGUUCUCAUAGCUUCGCCCCAAAGUGGGAGGAAGCAUCUGAAAAUUUUGAGAAUCUCAUUUUCUUGAAACUUUCAGUUUCCACAUCUCAGUAUUUAGUUCAUUUUCUCUUAGUCACUACUGACUCUGAAAACAAAUAUCCAACAGACUUGUGGAGUAACUCAUCUGGAUCUGCAUGCAUGUGUUGGUUGGGUGGGUGAAUGUUAUCAACAGAUGAAUAUUUAGAAAAUUCUAUUUAUCCAGAUUAGCGUAUUUAUCCUAUUUAUGACCUAAAUUGAUUUUUAACCUAUAGAUUCAAAUUUGGUUCUCAAGAUAUCUAAUUAUUGUGGUCCAAUAGAUGUGUGUGUUAUCUAGAAAAUAAAUCCCUCCAAGUUUCUAUAGUGAAAGUGAGCACAGAUGCUUUAACGCCUGUAACGUUUUUUGUGCUAACUGCUGUAUUUCUUAAUGAUGUUUCAAAUAGGCAAUCCGUCAUGAAGCUUUUACACACAUGGAGGGCCAGAAGGAGUUUGUCCAGAUUGACCAAAAUGAUUUGUUUCCAUAUCUUCUAGUAAAUAUCGGGUCCGGCGUUAGUAUGAUUAAGGUAUAUGGUUGCUUCUGUUAUUUUUACUUUAAUGAUGCUUUUAAACAGUGCGAUGUAUUUAUGAUUAAAAUAAUUUUGGACUAUGGACCAGGUGGAUGGGGAGGGGAAGUUUCAGCGGGUUAGUGGGACAAAUGUUGGAGGUGGCACUUAUUGGGGCUUGGGGAGGCUUUUAACUCAGUGCAAGAGGUUCGUUCUUAGCUUCAAUUUAUGCCUGUUUACAUUUUUACAGAAAUCUCAGUGUCCUUUCUAAUGUCAGUUUUGAUGAGCUAUUGGAGUUGAGUCAAAGAGGGGACAACAGUAAUAUCGAUAUGCUUGUUGGUGAUAUAUACGGUGGUAUGGAUUACUCUAAGGUGCAUUUCAAUAACCUUUAAUUACUCCAAGGUGCAAAAAAGACAGUACUAAUUAUGUUAUUUUAUAUGUAUCACUGAAAAUUUUAAAGCAUUGUUUGCGCUUUGUUUUAUCUGGACUGUUUUCUUCUCUUAGAUUGACUUGAUUUGGGUGAUCCAACUGACUAAUGCAAAAGGUAGGAUUGGUGUUGAUUUGAAGAGCACUUAGCUGACGGGAUUGUUGGAAAAGAAUGGAGUAGGAUCUGAAAAAGCCAUUCCCAAAUUUCUAACAAGAAAAUGGAGCCAGAUCAUUGCAACAGAUGUAUCAUUCAUAUCACGCUGUCCAGCCUUUGUGCUGGAGCAAGAGACAGAGUGUGCUUCUUGCUUCUUCAAGAAUUUUGAGAGGAGCUUAGAAUUAUGCGGAAACAUGAAGAGUGAUGCUCAGUAAGAUCACUAGCCCAAUUGAGCACGGGCGUAGUCAUGGAGCUUCACAGGUGUGGGUGUGGAGAUAAAUUAGAGUCGGUGAAUGUUGUCAUGAAAAUACCAGAGAAGAUGAAUUAGGAGAGCAAAUGGACAGGUAGGGGGCCUUGACAAACAAACUUAAGAUAUACAUAGCAUGUACGAUGUCUAGGCAAGACAUAGUCAAACUACACGAGUGCCAGCAAGUUGACCAUAGAAUGUGCUGAGACAGUUGGUAACUCCGAGACUACAAUAGUAACAUAAAUGUUCAAGGCCAUCAUCUCAUAUUGUUGGUUGAGAUGUUGUUCGAGGUAGGCGAUGAGGAUUAUAUCAUUGCUAGUGACGAUAUCCCAUCAACAUAGAAGAAGAACGGCGUGCUCAUGGUGAGAGACAUGCACGAAAAUUUCAUAGUUCUCGACUCAUUCAUAAACAUGAUGAUAAAACAAUCAUGGAAUAAUGAAAACAAGUCUUGGGGUUUGAGUUUAUAGCUCUGUAAUACAGAAAGUGAUGGCAUCGAAUUACAAAGUGAAAGGUCACUAUAAAUCAGGACAUUUUAUAGAGAGAGACAAUCAACGAAUAGCCGCAACAACAAUUAAGGCACACGCAAUGGCCACUUCGGCUACCAGAGUAAAAGAGUCCUCAUAACCAGUCAUAUUCUUUUGUGGAAUGUCAUGCCCGGGGUUAAUCCUUAUUGCACUCAGCACUCAAUCUUGUAAAUUCACUUGCAGGUGAUAAGGAUAAUGUUAAAAAGAAGUGGAAUAAGGUCUUGAGUGCGAGUUCACUGAAGAGCAUGAAUCACAUGUGGCUAACUCAGGAAACUAAACUGUAUGCUGGCAACUUUGAGAGUCCUGAUCGGUGUGAAGGAAUAUUGAAAGGUAAGAGAAUUAUAGAAAGGAAGAAUCAGCCUAAAUGGGACCAAACUAAUCAGGAAGAUGUCGGUUUUAUAGGGGUUUUAUGCCAUGGAGGAUUCCUGAGAGGUAGAGUAGGAUCAUGCAGAGAUGAUCCUGCCAAGCUAUCCGCAUCUUUUGUAGAAUAGAACUUUUUGAAAGAUCAUGAAGAUAGCUAGUGUAGACAUGGACAUGGGAGGGCCAAUGAAGGCAAUGAGGUCUUAAAGGGUGGGGGGGGGCAUGAGCAAGAAGAAAUUCUUUGAGAGGAGAUCUCGAAAUGAUUGGUGGAGUUGAAAGAUCGAGAAAAUAGAGGAAGAAACAAAGAUGUAAUUAGGGGGGGGGCUUCAAGGAAGUUUACACAUUGAUAAAUGCAAAGACGAUAUUCUGCUGCAUCAUAGCUACAAUGCCCAUGACACUCCGAGCUACACUUAAGGAUAGCAUAUUUACAAGUUAAUGAAGAUGAACUUUGAAAAGAUGACUAACGAUGCCAUUAAUUAAUAGUAAAAAGGCAGCCACAACCGUGAGGGUAAGUGAUCGCAGAGGGCAGAAGGUGUGUAUUCGUAUGAAUAUUGAUACGUAGGAGACGAUUAGUGGAUCUAAUAUCCAUGCCUAUAUCUUGUUGACUUGACAAGUGAAUCUUGCAAAUGGGUGUUGAAAGUGUCUACUUCACUGUUCUGUGUCCAAUAGAGUGGUAUUGCAUGGAAGCCAUAGUUGGCAAGUGGAUACCGAUAAGGUUAGCAAUGAUUGAUGUUGUUGUUGCGAAAUGGGUGGAAUGACGGAAAGAUGACUAGGUGAUGGCAGCUUGCAAGACAGAUGACAACAACAAGAUUGAUGAGGACAUGUACCUCUCUAUAAGGAAGUGGGAUGAAGAAGGCUCAGGAGAACAAUGUCUCUGAUGAGAAGCAUGGAAACUAUGAUGAUGAUGGUGAAAGAAGCAAAUAUUGCUGACGUGGAGAGCAAUUGAACUUGUCACUUGUGGUCCAAUCUAGUGGAUCAGAAGCAAGAGUAGGAAGGCUAAGUUGAAAGACAAUGUUAUGAAUAUUUAAAAUAAUGGAAACUAAAUAGCUGCCUCUCUUGUGGUAUUACUAGGUACAGACAUAAUUUCACGAGAUUAAUGAAGGGUAAAAAAUAUGUAAUAUAAAAUAGGGACAAUACUGCGUAGGAAGAUACUAUCAUCUCUUACACAAUACAGUCUGAAUUCCAGUCGCCUGAUACUUUAUUUUGGUGUAUUUUAAUAGAAAAACUCAGUUGCCUGAAUGUGCGGGGUUAUUUUUUCUUUAAAAUAUGCUAUCUAUGCCUUGCAUUUCAAACUAAAUCAUUAAUUAUAUGAAGUCAUCAGGUCGGGCAGGUUUACCCACUUAUAAUGAGGUUUCAAUACAAAAUUAAACAUAGAAAUAAAAUUUGGACUGGUGACGGAAAUAAAUUUGUCUUGUGACAACUAACUAAUCGAAAGGAAAAUUAUUUCCAUUGUUGUAGUUUCAUGAUUGUUUUCUGACAUUGAAUAUUGCUCAUAUCUAAUUGUUUCUUUUCCUAGAUUGAUGAAGAAAAACUUAUCCUGUGAAGAUCACAUUGAUACGCUCGCUAUUAAAUUUUUGAUCUACAAGUCAUCUUGAUCUAGAAGAUCACAUUGAUAUCUGUUUCAUCUUUGUCAUAUUAACAUGACUUGUUUUCUUUCACAGUAAUCUGACUUUUUAACGGUUUCAGAUUGGUCUUUCUGCAUCGACUAUUGCAUCUAGUUUCGGAAAGACAAUAUCAGGAAACAAAGAGCUCUCAGAUUACCGGCCUGAAGAUAUUUCACUAUCUUUGUUGAGAAUGAUUUCUUAUAAUAUUGGCCAAGUAUGUUUUAGUAAAUGACUUUCAUAUUUUUCUGCAUGCCAUGACAUUCCCUGAAAUUGCUCUUUCCUGUGUCCAUCUAUACAUACUGAAGGCAACAUGACCGGGAUUAGUUUCUUAGCAUUAGAGAUGCACAUCAAUGAGCAUGUUGCUAAUUUUUGUUGAAGCAUGAGAACUUCUUUAUCUCAACAUUUGAUACUUGUUCAUCUAACUAUAUAUACAUUUUUUUGGAUAGAUAACACUUCCAUGGAGACUAGUGGUCAAUCUCAUACCAGAAGUGAUUUUGUGAUUACAUAGUCGUAUAUUAUUUUUUUAUGUUUAGGCUUCUAUGAUCUGUUAUCUUUAAAAGGAUCUUGUUAUCGCAUAUUCCCACUUGCAAAUAUUUCUUGUGUAUUUAUCAUGGAUUAGAUGACCUGAAAGAGUGAACAGCAUUGAUUUGUGGAAAUCAACUUCUCUACGCUAUUGCAGAUCUCAUAUUUAAAUGCACUUCGGUAUGGGCUCAAAAAGAUAUUUUUUGGUGGAUUCUUUAUUCGUGGUCAUGCAUACACAAUGGACACAAUCUCCUUUGCAAUACAAUUCUGGUAAUCAUUAAGAACGUUUCUUUGAUUAAUUGAGAUAUUAGAUUAAUUUUGAGCUAAUUUACAGAUAAUUUGUUCUUUCUUAGUCGUUAUGACAGCUACAUAGAUAUCCAUGGUUUCUUUUACCAUUCUUUUCUUCUAAAAUCUUUUCUUCUUAACUACGAUUCCAUUUUGUUUCUCUCCAGGUCAAAAGGACAGGCACAAGCCAUGUUUUUGCGACAUGAAGGCUUUCUUGGAGUUUUAGGUGCAUUUAUGAGUUAUCAGAUGCACGGUUUUGACGACUUGAUGGUUCAUCAAUUGGUCGAACGAUUUCCCAUGGGUGCUCCCUACGUUGGAGGCAAAAUUCAUGGUCCUCCUCUCCAGGACCUUAAUGAGAAGGCAUGAUAAUGUGUUUUGAGCAUCAUCUUGUCGGGUUUUCAUGUGCAAACACAUUUUUGAUAACUCUGAUAAAUGUGACGUUCUUUGUAGAUAUCAUGGAUGGAGAAGUUUGUCCAGAAGGGAACCGAAAUUUUGGCUCCUGUUCCAAUGUCUCCUUCUGGAACUACUGGUGUGGGAGGUUUUGAACGGCCGUCUUCCAGAGGGGAAGCUCUACGAUCAGAUGCUAGUGCUGCCUUAAAUGUUGGUGUGCUACAUCUUGAUCCCACCCUUGAAGUUUUCCCGCUGUUGGCCGAUCCAAAGACGUAAUUAACAUUUAUUCUCUUCUUUCGUUUUUAUAAAUUAUUUAAAUUAUGGUAAAAUCAUUAAGCUUGGACCCAUUCUGGUACCAAAACAACGUAAUAUGUCAGCACCAGUUUUCUAAUUAUGCUGCUUGAUGUCCUUCUUAACUGCAGGUAUGAACCAAAUACUAUUGAUCUAUCUGAACCCGGUGAACUUGAGUAAGUUUAAUUUUUCUGUUAAUUUUGUUAAUUUUUUUUCUGGAAGAACUGUACAACCUCCAUUUUGUUUAUAUCUGACCUGACACAUGAAGACAAAGGAGAUAUCUAGAUAUAUCACUGCUUCUGUAGAAAUAAAAGACAAGAACGAUAAUAAUAUCCCUAAGACAGACAACCGGGAAAUUUUAGUUUGUGCGAAUGGCAUGAGUUGUCUUGUGAUCGAGUCCAAACAAAUUGCUGUUUUGGCGUAAUUCUAUUGAGGCUUCGUUUUAGAGCCAAUCUUCCGGGAUAAAUAUAAUUCAAAUAUUAAAACGUGGCUCUGAGCUUUGGGGUUUUCCAAUAGAUCAUUCCUGAUAGUUAAUUAGACACUUAAUAAUGAAUUUCCCAAGUUUUUAUUCUGACUAUCUUAGUGUCUGCCAAGGGUCAUGAUUUUUACUGAAUGAACUGACAUUAUUUUUUCACGAAAGACGGGGACAUCAACAUUCGUGUUCCACAGGGUUUCACUAACUCUUGUGAAAGCUUUGAGUUUCUUGUGCUGUUUUUAAUUCAGUGGACGUAUUUCGCACAGACGAAAAGAAGGAAAUAGAGAAUUCUUUGUAGAUAAUUUAGACAUUAUCUGGAUGGGCGUUUCUUCUAUUUACUUUGUGCAUACUGUGUCUUAUCUUUUAUUAACCUGUUCAUGCACCACAUCAUGGUGCAGGUAUUGGUUCACUGUGCUAUCAGAUCAUCUACCCGACCUUGUUGAUAAGGUAAUAUCUAUUUAUCUCUCUUGUUGAAGAUUUCUCGUACUCUUAAUGUCUUUGGGUUUAUGAACCUUGCUGAAGAUGUUGAUUUUUAUAGCUUAAUUGAGUUUCAGAUUUUAUUCUGGCUUUUAACCCUUUUUCUGAGGAAUAUUGGUAGCAGUAUUCUUUGGAUCAACAUUUUUACUUUAUGGCGAAGACAUGAUAAGGUCCGUUUCCAAUAUUACUGCUGCUCUUAACGUGUUUAAAUUUUUCCUGCAGGCUGUAGCAAGUGAAGGUAGAACAGAAGAUGCUAAAAGAAGGGGAGAUGCAUUUGCACGUGCUUUUUCUGCUCAUUUGGCAAGGUACUGAACUCUGGAGUGCCAGUUGAAUGUGGUCUACCUUACAUGAGCAUGAAGAAUUAGUAUUCCAGAAUUUCGCUCAUGUCUCUUUCCCGCAUAGCCCUGCUAUAACCUGAUGCAUAUUAUAAUAAAAAAUAAGUCUGUAAGUACAUGCGCUUUAGGUUCAUUUUUUAAUAUCAGCGAGCAACUUUUCUAUUAAGUGUGACUGAUCCUCAUUCAAUGAAUGACGUCCAUGUUGUAUCAUAUCCCCCGGAGUCUGAAUUAUGUUAGAACAGCUUUCACAACAGAUUAAUUGUUUUAUAGAGAGGCAGCAGCCUUUUAUGGAGGUUCACUUGUUUCGAAUAGAGUACACCAGCGAUCUUGGCACAAGAUAUGCCCUACAGAAAACGAGAUGUAAAAAUAGGCCGGUAAUUGGAAUUACUUUCUCUAUAAAGUUUACUUUCUCUGUGAAAAUCACCUACCAUUUCUCCUUUUCUGUGAUGUCUUUCUAUGUAGACAUGCUUCAUCUGUGAGCUUGUUUGGGUAUUAGAUUCAAUCAUGGGUUUUCAACAAUUCUUUCAUAGGUUGAUGGAAGAGCCCGCAGCUUAUGGAAAGUUGGGUCUAGCUAAUCUGUUGGAGUUGAGGGAGGAAUGCUUGAGAGAAUUUCAGUUUAAGGAUGCUUAUAUUAGCAUAAAAAAAAGGUGAAUUUGUAAAUUUCCCUUUUAUAAUUAGUUAUUCUAUACCUGCUUCUUUUUGCUUCCUUUUAUGUACUUUUCCAAGACACCCUUACUAUUUAGUGAUUGGUGAAAUAGUUACUGCAGAUGUCUUCUUUUUUUUUCAAUAAUUAUAUAUGCAAAAGUAAUCCCUUAUUUUGUGGUUGUGCCUGCAUUCAUAUAGAUGUCAACCUUAUUUCGUCUAAUAUAUGUCCCUAUAUAUACACACAUAUAUGUAAUGAAUAUUGCUGGUGGUAUGGAUAUAUGGGGAAGAGAAUAAGUGAAAUGGAUGGAUAACAGAUGGCCGAUGGAAAGCAGCCACAGAACAGGCUACAAGUUUCAAUAAUACUACUACUAGGAUUUUAGCCGAGGAGAAACGGGAAUGAGUGUUGAACUUAGAAUCCGACGGUGAAACCGUGUAAAAAAGAUAACAAUGGAAAGAAGUUGUUGCCAGUGCUUCCUGUGAGUACAGAAUAAUAGCAUCCAUAUGAAUAUGCUGUUGUCAUUAGCGUGGACUCUACGCCUUGUGGUCGACAUUGGCUUAUAAAUGAUGUAGAAAAUAUUUUACUUGUGCACGUGAUCACUUUCACUGCCACUUUGGAUGCAUUAAUCACUCCAGAGUUGAUGAAUCAUGAAAUGCUUGAUGCUUCACGUUGUCUCAGGCUCUCUGAAAUUGGCUUCUGUAAAUGUUCUAUUAGUUAAUGUCACUAGACGGAGUAGGAAAGAUUAUGUAAAGCUUCGGUCCUUUUAUGCUACUUUGGGGAAUAUCAUUUUGGUCCCUGUAUCGGCGUCCACAGCAUAUGAGUGAUGCCAAAACAUUCUCCAUGUCGCAGGGAAAAUGAAGCAUCCCUCGCUGUCUUACAUGAUCUUCUGAUGGAGCUCGAUCGAAUGAAUGAGGUGUAUAUUCGUAAGGCUUAAUUCUACAUCUAAUAUUUUGGUGUCAUGGAGAUUUUCCUCUUAUGGUGACGAAAAUCGCGUGUAGGAGGAGAGAUUACUUGCUCUUGUUGAGGGCGUUCUUGCCGCAAAUAUCUUUGAUUGGGGGUCCCGUGCAUGUGUGGAGCUCUACCACAAAGGAACCAUCAUUGAAAUUUACCGCAUGAGCCGUAAGAAGAUGCAUCGUCCUUGGCGGGCAAGUACAGCUUGUGAUGGAACAGUUUUUCUUGUAUAUACUGCUAUCUGCUCAUCUUUCCUCCUUAAAUAUUGCGCCUCAAUAGGUAGACGACUUUGACUUGUUCAAGAAAAGGAUGAUCACAUCCGGAGAUCAGAAGAUUCAACCUUACAAAAGAGCGCUGCUCUUCGUUGACAACUCGGGCGCUGAUGUCGUCCUCGGGAUGCUUCCGCUUGCACGGGAGCUUCUCAGGCGGGGAACCGAGGUGAAUAUUAGGAAUAAAGAUCUACUAACCCCACUCCUUGCCCAUUGGUCUGAAUUGGACUUCCCAAUAAUGUCAACAGUUUUCCAAGUUUUGCGCGCAUAUUGAUCUGGGUUUCCUGCGCAGGUUGUUCUCGUCGGCAAUUCAUUCCCGGCGUUGAAUGACGUCACUGCGAACGAACUCCCUGAAAUUGUGGCCGAGGCUGCGAAGGUUUGACCCACGUCACACGAGUUUUUCGAGACAGAUCUAAGUCGGGCCUCUCUCAUCCUCUCGAGGUCAACGGUAAUCAUGACGAGUCCCUUGAUCCGCAGAACUGCGACGUACUCCGUAGAGCUGCUGAAGCUGGAGGGCUCCUCCUCGACGCAAUGGCUAAUACCAAAGACGGAUCGAAGAGAAAUCCCGCCUCCGUUCCUCUGAUGGUUGUGGAGAACGGUUGCGGAAGUCCAUGCAUUGACCUCCGGCAGGUCAGCUUGGAGCUCGCCGAGGUUGCGAAAGAUGCCGACCUGGUACGAGAGACGGCGCCGCGUUUCGUUCCGCACGUCGCACUGUGGUUUUUAUUUUUAUUUUUAACGGUUCUUCUCACCGCAGGUUAUUUUAGAAGGAAUGGGUAGAACUCUCCAUACGAACUUCAAUGCCCAAUUCAAGUGUGACGCGCUCAAGGUGAGCCAUCAUCGAUCCUCGGUUGCGCAUAGAAGAGCAAGAUGCCAAUAGUUUCAGCAUUCGAGUCACCUCCCCGUUCACCUCGCGGGUUUUCGUGGCUGUUCGCUUUUCUCAUCCCACUUUCUUCGUCAGCUCGCGAUGGUGAAGAACCAACGGCUGGCCGAGAAGCUUGUCCAAGGCAAUAUCUAUGACUGCGUCUGCCGGUUCGAAUCCGCUGGCCCAGCACUGGACGUGUAA